AUGUUGAAUGAGCCACUGAUUAAUUCUGAUGAUGAACCACAGCAGCACCCACUUUCGUUUCCACCAUAUCUGCUUGCAUAUCUCUAUGUUGGCCAUUUUUUAGCCAGAUGGGGUGCCAGAAUGUGGGAGUUCUCAGUUGGGCUGUACAUGAUCAAUGUGUGGCCAGAUUCAUUGCUCCUUGCCGCCGCUUAUGGUGUGGUGGAAUCCGGAUCCACUGCUCUGUUCGGCCCUUUUGUUGGCCAAUGGGUUGAUAACUUCACCUACGUCAAGGUUGUCAGGCUUUGGUUACUAAGCCAGAAUCUGUCUUUCGUGAUCGCCGGAGUCACUGUGAUUGCACUUCUGGUGUUUGAGGACAUGCUGUCCCUCAAAUCCCCCGCUUUUAUAUCCUUGGUCCUUCUCAUCAACCUUUCUGGAGCUGUUGCUGUGCUUUCCACGCUCGCUGGUACCAUCCUGGUGGAAAGAGAAUGGGUAGUUGUGAUAGCAGAAGGGCAGCCGCCCGGAACCUUAACCAAGAUGAACUCAAUGAUCCGGCGAAUCGAUCUGUCCUGCAAGUUAUUCGGUCCCGUGCUUACCGGAUUCGUCAUCAGCUUCGUGUCUCUCACAGCAUCAGCCUUGAUUCUGGCCCUGUGGAAUCUCAUCUCUGUUUGCUUCCAAUAUUGGCUUCUCAUGUCUGUGUACAAUGGGAUUCCAGCAUUGAGUGAAAGCAGUCAUAAGCGGCUUCAAAGACGACGUGACAAUGAGGCACCAAAUGACGUCCCUAAUGAUCACCAAAGAAGUGGUGGAAAUCAAAACUCGUAUUUCAGUGCAUGGAGAGUUUACUUGGAGCAGGAUGUGGUUUUGGCAGGGAUGGCUCUUGCUUUGCUCUAUUUUACAGUCCUAAGUUUUGGAACCCUGAUGACUGCUGCGUUGGAAUGGGAAGGCGUACCAGCGUACAUCAUCGGAAUUGCAAGGGGAAUAAGCGCCACGAUCGGGAUCGGGGCCACAUUUUUGUACCCACUUCUGGAGUCUCGCAUCUCAACACUGCGCACGGGCCUUUGGUCCAUUUGGUCUCAGUGGAGUUGCCUAUUGGUGUGCGUAGCUUCGAUUUGGGUACAAAACAGAAGAGGAGCAGCAUACAUGCUGAUGGGGGAGUGGCUCUGUCACGUCUCGGACUUUGGAUGUUUGAUUUAUCCGUCAUCCAGCAAAUGCAAGAUCAAGUACCAGAAUGUGAUCGGUGCGUGGUUGGAGGGGUACAAAACUCCCUGCAAUCUGCUCUGGAUUUGA